GAUCUCGCUCUUGAAUGUCAAGUCGGCUUGUUUCAGCUCUGCGAGAAGAAGCGCCAAGCAUCCAACUUUCAAGAGGUGCCACUGGAAUGUUGCCCAGAGCUUGCUCAGCGUACGCUAGCCUUUUCUUUCAAGUUGCUGUCGAACCCCAACUUGCUCACAACUCCUCCUGCAAUGCUGCCGGAAGUCAAGGUUGCUACAAAGCCCGCCGCAGCUGUUUGCGUGGAGGGCGUUUUCGCGCGGACGACGAAGAUGCAACUGGCGAGAAUGAACAUUGCACUACGUGGGCUAGGCAGAGGCUACGUAGUGGUGGCUGUGCUUUCUGUCGGCUCGAAUAGGAUGCUGUGCCCUUCCGUCAAGGAGCAAUUGCAAGAAGCAUUUGACGACAAGCUCGGCCAUGUGAUUUGUGUGGAGGAUCCGGAGAAGGCAUACUUCAAGUUUAAGCGAAAGUUUCUGCAUGCUCAGCCCAACUGGGAGAAUCGGACGUGGUGGACGCGAAAUUUCGAGAACCUUUUCACUGGCCGAAGCGAUGACGGCGUCACCAUGACGGGCCACUAUCAGAGUUGGAACAUGAAGGAGGCUUGCCUGGGCAAGAUCCAGGAGAUGGAGAGGGAAGGGCAGUCUUUUCCAUGGGUCGUUUACCUACGUGCUGAUUUGGACUUCCUUGCCCCACAUCCGCCCCUGCGUCUUAUGGCUUCUUUGGGCCCUGGGCGCAUCUGGAUCCCUGACGUGGAGGACUGGGGUGGGCUGAAUGACCGCUGGGCAGUGAUGGCCCGGGACGUGGCUCCCAUCUACCUUGGUCGUGUGAAUGAUUUAGUCAGCGGCAAACUUCUGUCGUACCUUGACCGCGACUUGUCUGCUGACAACAGCUCAACACAUUCUGUGAAUGCCGAACGCCUGCUUCGGAUGGUUCUGCACUACCACGGGAUCUGGCCCAAAAAAGUUCACCGCUUUCUUGGGACAGCCGCUCUCCAUUGCGUGACCGGAACAAAGCCUUUCCUGUGCAAAGUCAGAGCGCACGGCCCUGGGACUAUGGGCUGGCGUGACGAGAGUGAAUUCAGUGAUGCCUACGCAACCGCUAGUCGACUGCAAAGGGGAUGGUCGUGGAUUCUUUCGCUGCCGCGGGUUUGCCAAGCUCCUUGCUUCUGGAGUUGCUGCACCCAACGAGCGGGGCUUGGAUCUCCGGACUGCGACAACCCGCUGUGGAGUUACAGUCACUGCUGUUCGCGGAAUUGGAUGCUGUCUGUUGUGGACCACAGUGCAAAGCGGGAACUUCCCGAUUGCUGGAAUCGGGAUGCUGGCCUGA